UGAAACUAUUAGUAAAGCAGUAUGUUUAGGGUGGAGUGGGCUGAAAGGGGAAGUUCACGUGCUAUACAUUUAAACUUAACGGAUCUAAAAACAGACCUCUGAUAUGAUUCAUGAUAAUAUUUCCAUCCUGUUAGAAAGUGAAACAACGACUGAGCAGAGGAAGUAUUUCUGUUCCUAGAAAAAGGACAGGAGAACAGUUUGCCGGCUGUGGGAGAACUUGUUGCAGAACUCUUGAAGAAAAGUUGACAUCUCAUCAUCCCUGAGAAGACUCUCCCACAGCUGUCCACCUCAAUCUCACUGCCAAAUAUUCCUUCACAUGUCUGUAAUGGCCAACUCCACAGAACGUAGCGUAACCCCUACUGAAAGCAAAUCUGACACAUCACCCAUAUCUAUUCAGGGACCAUACUUUGAAGCCAUAGUUGGAGUUGUAAUUGCUGUGGUGGUUCUGGUCCUGAUCCUCCUCCUGGCCAUCAUUCUGCGAUACCUGUACAAGCACAAGGGCACAUAUCAUACCAAUGAGGCCAAGGGCACAAAGUUCGCAGAGACAGCAGACGCUGCUCUGCGUGGAGACCCUGCCCUGCAAGACGCCAUGGAUGAGAGCAAGAAAGAGUAUUUCAUAUGAGACACAAUAGCUGGCCCUUUAUACACAUCAUAUAAUAAACUCCUGCAAGCACACAUGAUGCCUCAAUCCUGUUUGCUGGAGCGGUGAAGUAACUGUUUUCUAACACAAAGAGUGUUGUGAAAUUUCUUCUAUAUUUCAAUAUCUGAGAUCAUUUAUAUUUAUUUGUUUCUCAAAAAGAGGUAAUAUUGAGUACAGAUGAAAGAAUAUGCCACACUUCUUGUAAAGCUGAGUGUCUGAACAAACAUCAGCUCAGGAGAAUGAGAUGGUAUUCAGAUGAAGGGAAGGAAAGUCUUUGAUCUCGUUAGACAGAAUGUGAAUAAUAGGUGAUAUAUCAAGACACUGAAAUCCACACUGUUAAAAAACAAGAAUGUGAAAUUAAUUUGUCUCAUAUCUAUAUUCGAUAUACUGUAUAACCAUAAACCAUAAAAAAGGUCUUUAGAGUCAGUUUUGUUAAAUUGAGGUUUAUACAUCAUCUGAACGCUGAAUAUCCAUUGAUGUUUGUUAGGAUAGGACAAUUUGACUGAGAUACAA